AAACGGUAGUUUACGGCCCCGACCGCAAGAGGUUCUGCGUGCUCCCCACCAACUCCUUACUUGAGCUCUUCGGCUGAAUACAUCCCGAAGGAAAUGCCCUGCAGCCGCCGCCAGGGCAUGUUCUUUGAGCCCAACAUCCUCCAGGUCGGUUCCAAGCUCUGCUACCCAGACAGAUAUUCCAGCGGCCACGGAUUUUAUUCUGGAAGUGCAGCUCACCCAGAGGUUGAAGGUGCUAAUGUAACAGGGAUUGAAGAAGUGGUCAUUCCAAAAAAGAAAACUUGGGACAAAGUGGCCAUUCUUCAGGCACUUGCAUCCACAGUACACAGGGAUAGCACAGCUGCCCCUUAUGUGUUUCAAGAUGAUCCUUAUCUCAUACCAACAUCCUCUGUGGAAUCUCAUUCAUUUUUGUUGGCAAAGAAGUCUGGGGAGAAUGCAGCAAAAUUUAUUAUUAAUUCAUACCCAAAAUAUUUUCAGAAGGACAUAGCUGAACCUCAUAUACCGUGUUUAAUGCCCGAGUACUUUGAACCUCAGAUUGAAGAUGUAAGUGAGGCUGCCCUGCAGGAACGAAUCAAACUCAGAAAGGUCAAAGCUUCUGUGGACAUGUUUGAUCAGCUCUUGCAAGCAGGAACCACUGUGUCUCUGGAAACAACUAACAGUCUCUUGGAUUUACUGUGUUACUAUGGUAACCAAGAGCCCUCAGCUAAUUAUAACUUUCAGCAACGCGAACAGUCAGAAGAAUUGGAAGAGGCCACAGAGGCAGAUAAUGAGAAAUCUAAGACGAAGGCGGGUCAUCAUCUCGGAGUUACUUGGAGAACAAAAAACAAUGCUGAGAGAAUCUUUGCUCUAAUGCCGGAGAAAAACGCACAUUCCUACUGCACAAUGAUCCGGGGAAUGGUGAAGCAUCAAGCUCCUACGCAGGCAUUAAACUUAUAUACUGUAUUAUUAAACAACAGACUCCGAGCGGAUGUAUACACUUUCAAUUCAUUGAUUGAAGCAACAGCAUUGGUAGUGAAUGAAAAAUUUGAAGAAAAAUGGAAUAAUAUAUUGGACCUGCUGAAACAAAUGGUGACACAGAAUGUGAAACCCAAUCUGCAGACCUUUAAUACUAUUCUGAAAUGUCUCCGAAGAUUUUAUGCAUUUGGAAAAUUGCCAGCCUUACAGACACUACGGGAAAUGAAAGCCAUUGGAAUAGAACCCUCACUUGCAACGUAUCACUAUGUUAUUCAGCUGUUUUAUCAACAUGAAAGCCCUUCGAAAGGAUCGUCCCUCAUCAUCUAUGAUAUAAUGAACGAAGUAAUGGGAAAGAGAUUUUCUCCAAGAGACCCGGAUGAUGAUAUGUUUUUUCAGUCAGCCAUGAGGGUUUGCUCAUCUCUCAGAGAUCUAGAACUUGCUUACCAGGUCCAUGGCCUUUUAAACACUGGAGACAACUGGAAAUUGAUUGGAUCUGAUCAUCGUCGUAAUUUCUAUUACUCCAAAUUCUUUAAUUUGCUUUGCUUCAUGGAACAAAUUGAUGUCACCUUGAAGUGGUACAAGGAUCUGAUACCUUCAGUCUUCUUUCCCCAUUCCCAAACGAUGAUAGACCUUCUCCAAGCAUUAGAUGUGGCCAACCGGCUAGAUAUGGUUCCUCAGAUCUGGAAAGAUAGUAAAGAAUACGGUCACACUUUCCGCAAUGAACUGAAAGAGGAGAUUCUGAUGCUCAUGGCAAGGGACCAGCACCCACCAGAGCUGCAGGUGGCGUUUGCUGACUGUGCUGCAGAUAUCAAAUCGACUUACGAAAGCCAGGAUGCCAGACAGACUGCUCCCGAGUGGCCUGCCAGCUCUCUGAACUAUGUGGCUGUCCUCUUCCUAAGGGCCGGGAGGACCCAGGAAGCCUGGAAAAUGUUGGGGCUUUUCAGGAAGCAUAAUAAGAUCCCUAGGGCUGAGUUGCUAAAUGAGUUUCUGGACAGUGCAAAAGCAUCCAGCAGCCCUGCCCAGGCCAUCGAGCUAGUGAAGCUGGCAAGUGCCUUCAGCUUGCCUGUUUGUGAGGGCCUCACCCGGAGAGUAAUGGCUGAGUUCACGCUCACCCAGGAGCAGAGGGAAGCCCUGGGAGAGCUAACUGCAUUGACCAGUGACAGCAGCAGUGACAGUGACAGCGACAGUGACAGCGACAUCAGUGAAGGCAAAUGAAAGUGGGUGAAUCAGGAGCAGCUGUGGCCUAGCACACUGCUGCAGUUGCCCUUGAGAACUGCAGCGUUGACUGAUUUAGGUUAAAUUCCUAGACUAAAACGGCCAUGCACGCACAGAAGCGCCACUGCCGUUUUCUUUGAACACAUUAUGUGGUACAUGGCCCCUCGUUUCCCGUGCAGUGUCUGUCCACUGCUGUCAGUGCACUUUGCCCUCCCCCAUCAUGGACUUCAGCCUCUCUUGGCUGACGCUGUGACACUGGCGCUUCCUCCACCGCAGAGAAAGCGUCUGAAGGAGUCUCCAUACAGUUAUAUCACAGUUGGUCAGUAGUAUCCCAGCCUCGGGGAUGUUUAUGUGGAAAAUUUGCAUCAGAGAAAACUGAUUAAACAACAGUGGCAGGAGUUUGGGCUGCACAGCUGGGAAAAUGAAAGCUGUGAGUAAAUGUUGUAAUUAAGGUACAUGUAUAUGCGUUUCCAUUAUUUUUGUGGAGCCCAUAUUCUCCUGCUAGGCUUGGGGCUUGCGCAAGACUGUUUCAUCUCUGAGUGUUGGCACCUUCUUCGGUUGUGCUAUAAUGAUGUGUGUGUGAUGACAGAAAGACAAGUGUCUUCUUGACAUGACUGGAUUACUGGCAAUGCAGUAGUUUCAGAACCUUGGCCUCUAGCAUCUCUUACCAUUGUGACUGGGAAAUGGUAUUAGAAGCAAACGGUUUGGGAGGGUUGCAGGAGCUUCACAAGGGUCUCCAGCACUGCCUAGACUGCCAGGUCAUAUCUGAUUUCCAGAUUGGCCCGGGCAUCUCCUGUGUUCUCAGACGAGCACCUUCGUCUUUACCCUGCCAUGGUCGAUGCUUCUGAGCUCCUGGACCGAUGUCUAUCAUAGUGCCUGUCCCCGUCUCCAUCUGCCAUUCUCUGGCCAGGACACAGUCACUCGUUCUCAGAAACCUAAGUAUUGACUUAUGUUUUCUCCUAGAUCAUCAGUUUAAGGCAUCUAAUGGAGGGACAGAGCAGGCAGGGGAAAUGCCAGUAGUUAGCUACCCAAGUACUCAUGUGCAUGGUCCCAAGUAGCCCCUUAGCUCAUGGCCAAGCAAAUGAGCAAAGUGACAGGUAAAGAACCUGGCUGCUUGGGAGCUUCUGUUCGCUCAGCCCCUCCUUUGCCCCUGGUUCCUGAUUCUUGGCUGAGUAGGUACUUGGUGUGGUCCUUCCUUACAGACGUAGAGCUGUCUCCCCUGUCCGAGUGCUGAAUCCUCACCGCAGUGUUUCGAAGCCGUGGAGUUAGUUGGGGGACUGUCCACCUGGGAUGAUGUGGUGUGAAGUGGGUGAUAAUGCGGCAGGCAUGGUGGUCUUAGCCCUGCUACAGGUAUUCCACACCCUACUCCAGGCAAGUAACUGUUUUCAGUUCAGAAAAAAAAUUUUUAAAGGCCCAUGGGGUUGUUUUGCAUUCUUUCUUUAGCCUCUAAUAGUAAAAGGUGUUCGGUUUUUCUACGUCAAAGUAAAUAACCUACAAGUUGUGGGUUUUGGUUCAACAAAACAUUUGAGUAUGCUAACAAUAAAAUGCGUUGUCUUUUAAAACUGCAGGGUUGGAGAUCAAUUUUUGUGAAUGCUAACCAGACUGUUUUAAUGGAGCGGCUUAGAAAAUGAAGUGCAUUACAUGUGGCUAAGUUUUGUGACAUCUCUCUGCAGUGCACAUUGACACACAUAUCUUAGCGCGCUCGAUCAUGUCAGCUGUUUGACUUCUCCUAACAGGACCUGCUCUGAGCUAGCAGUCCCUAGGAGUGUGGAUGGGCAGGGUAAGCUUUAUAGGACCGUUUUGAUUGGAUCUCAGUGGAAGAGCGGCAGUUAUCAGAGAAUUGGGCAUGUUUAACUUGGUGGUUAGAUGUAAGGCACAUAUAGGGGGAGGGAAGGAGCCCAACCUGUCAAAGAUGGUUGUCUAGCCACACUGCACAGGCAAGGACCAUCUGUACCAGCAGAACCUGUUCCCACAACAGCAGCACUUUGCUGGCUCAUGCCUCACAGUCCCUCUCCAGGCCUUGGAAAGCAAGUUCUCUGGUUCAAGUAGGUCACAGAAUUAUUCAAUCCCUUUAAGGUUCCAGGCUCACCACCCCCACUUGGUGAAGAGAUUCACAGUCCACGCACCAGAAAGGAGCACUGAUGUUUCAGAACUGGGAGCUGUGAACUCUUUAGAGCUGUGGGAUUAAUUUAUGGGUAGAGAAGGGCUGACACAGUGUUAUCAUAAGUAGAAAGGGGAAGCGGUGGCUCCAGAAACUGUUUCCUGUGUACAUGCACAGAAGUGUGUCUGGCUGAAUGGGUCCCAACAUAAAAUACAACUUCUUCCUGUGGUAGCAGUCAAAAAAGUUUGGGAUACAUAGUACUCCUGGUGCCUUUGAAAUCACUAGAAUGGUGCAUGUACAGCUGUAAAUGCAUUGGCAUUUUGGUUUGUACAUAACUAUUGAGUUUGACUGGGAGGAAUCAGUUCACCACAACCAGCCAAGAACAGGCCUAGAGUAUUUCUGGGGCCUAGUCCCCAGCCUGGAAACCAACUGCCCAUAAGUUCCUACUUCUGCUGUUGCUGCUUCUCCCAAUCUCCAAUUUCCUACAAUACAGAUUUUUAGGGGUGGUACUGGAGCUGCAGCUGCUAGCCUACAACACAGCCACAGCAAUUUGGGAUCCUAGCUGUGUCUGCAACCUACACCACAGCUCAUAGCAGUGCUGGAUCUUUAACCCACUGAGUGAGGCCAGGGAUCGAACCUGUGUCCCCAUGGAUGCUAAUCAGAUUCGUUUCCUCUGCCACCACAGGAACUCCCAGAAGUUGCAUUUUUUGAAAAGGGAAAAGCUACAAAAAGUUUUCACCUUUCUGUUUUUAUUCAGUUUGCUCCAAGGGCAAAAUCAAUAGUAAUAGUGAUCACAAACAUCAUUUUGAUUGGCUCGCAAGCCUGAUCAGUAAAACCUGAAAAACAGAAAAUGUUA